CAUAUAAGUAUCGUCAGGAGAGGAGAUACAUGGCCAGGUCCUGCAAUACGACUGACAACACACAACUCCUACACAAAGCAACUCGGAAUAGAGUAAUACAAAAAAAAAACAGCGGAGCCAUUGAAGUAGCCUACAGAAAAUACUUCAUGCAGACUCAGAAAUAAGUUAACUUUUUCACUGGAUAGACUAGUGAGGCUCACUGAGUCCCACAGUCUCCACAACUUUUUUUGUCAACCUGUGAGCACCACGGACAGGGGAGAGGGGAUUUGGGGAAUUGUAAAACCUCUUCAAACACGUGAGACAGCACUGACCGACAGCACAGGGAUGUCUGUCCACGCGUCCUGGCUACCAGUACCGCUGCUGGUGUGGGGACUAGUGUGUACCUCAGUGCGCACUGCCCCGUGUGCGGGUAGGCAGACCGACACUACAGAGCGCCAUUGGGAAACGCUCUACUCUCGCUCACUGGCUCGAAACCCAUGGGAAAAAAGAGAAAUCAACCGAGACGGUGACUAUCUUACAGGCAUCAAAAGACUUCGGCGUCUAUACUGCAAUGUCGGCAUUGGGUUUCAUAUUCAAGUUUUACCAGACGGAAAGAUAACUGGAAUACACAACGAAAAUAGAUACAGUCUCCUUGAGAUAUCACCUGUGGAGAGAGGGGUUGUGACGCUCUUUGGCGUCCGAAGUGGUAUGUUUCUGGCCAUGAACAGCAAAGGGAAGCUCUAUGGAUCUGGUCAUUACAAUGAUGAGUGCAAGUUCAAGGAGAAUCUCUUGGCAAAUAACUACAAUGCUUAUGAGUCAGCAGCUCACGCAGGGAUGUAUAUUGGAUUGAGUAAGACUGGCAAAACCAAAAAAGGAAAUCGAGUUACACCAGCUAUGACAGUGACACACUUCUUACCAAGGAUCUGAAUGACUCCAAUGAGACUGUACCGUCAACAAGGGUAGAGGAGAGAGACUGGAAAACAAUGCACUUUCAAAUGUUUUUCUAGAGUGAGAUAUUUAAGUUAUUUAUUUAUGAUUCCUGAGAAUGUUUAUAUUUUGGGAAAGUGGAGUAAUGUAGAAAGAGGGGAUGAAUAAUGACAAUUGUUUUGUUUUUGCUGCUAUGUGUCUUAAGAUGAGUGCUUUUUUUUAAGAGUAAAAUAGAUUUUGCACUUUUUUUUUAAAGAACUGUUGCGCAGCAAAGGUUGUGCAGUAAGCAUUGUUAUCCUACUUGUACUACUUUGAAAGGAAUUGGAGACCCACAUUUGUCAGAUUUGUGUCUCGGCAUCAAAAAGGAAGAUGAUGAUGGCAGGUCCAAACCAUUCAGUUCAGUACUGGUCCCAUUAUUUUUUCAUUCCUAAUUGAUUGUUUUACUACCUCAUUAUGGAGAUGCAAGGAGGGAUUGUGUUGUUGCUGUUGUUUUGUCUUUCUGAGCAUGACGUACAGUAUGACGCAACCCACGCUUCUACACUUUACAAUUCACCUGACACUGGAUAUCACUGAUGAGAUUGAAUAGAGAGGAACCCAAUCAGAGAGAGGGAAUCGGAGUUCAGAUUAGCACAUCUGUUAACCCUGGUCUAAGUUUGAACUAUAUUUUUGUUGUGUGCAUGUCUGGUUAAAACUCUUUUCAUAAAUAACAAAUGCACACACAAAUGACUGGACCCUCUACUGCCACAUUAGUGAUUAUUAUAACUUUAUAUACAUAUAUAAAGUUAUCUAUGACAUUGUCACGUUGUAAGGUUUCCUGUAUUUCAAAUAUAUGUCUUGUUGUACUCAAUGCCUGGUAUGUGCAAAUUAAACGAAGAAGAAUGUCAUUUCUUGUUUGGCACAGCGGAUGCAGAAAAUGUACAUAUACUGUAAACUGAAACAGGGCUCUAUUCAGUCUGUAUCGCUGAAGCAUUAAAAAUUAGGAUCUUAAUUUGAGCCAGUUGGUUACAGCAGGACAAUAAUCCUGCAGCAAUAGGAAAUGUGAAUUGUUAUUUUGAUUAUAAUUAAUGAACAUUUUUGUAGGUGUUGAUGCAUUGUUCAUAAUGGAACUUCACAAGACUUUUUAAACCUCAAAUAUGCUACAAGUUUCAAAUGUCUUGCAUUGCAGGAAAGGGUGGUCAAAUUAAGAUGCUACAUCUCUAUGCAGUGUUUAAUGAGAGUGCAGUCUCCGUUAACGCGGGAACAUUGCUAAGAUGCUACAUCUCUAUGCAGUGUUUAAUGAGAGUGCAGUCUCCGUUAACGCGGGAACAUUUUACAUUUAAAAUUUCAAUCACACUUUAACGCUGAACUUCCGUGGUACGGAUUGAAUAGAGCAGUAGAUGUGUUUCUUACUGUGGUCAUUAAUAUUAUCCCUUGUGAUAUUCUGCGUUCAGUUCACAAUUAUGUUAUGUCUCCUUAUGUUAUGCAUUUCAUGUAGCCUAUACAGUAUGUAUCAACAUUAUGUCUGUAGUUUUAUACAGGUCCUGUUCAACAUUAUGGUGUAUGUGCUGUGCAUAUUAUCAAAUGACUUUAGGAAAGUAAAUAAAUUGU